CGUUAGUCUAGGGUGAGAAUGAAGUGUAUUUUCCAGGUUAUGUUCUUGCUGUGCCUUAUUGUGCCAGCAGGUGGCAAGUACCUCAGUCGGGUCGUCUGUGUUGCCGCUCAGUCCACGUGUAGUAUCAUGUCAACAAAAGUCGGGAGAAAGCGCCAGAGUCCAAUUUGGGAUUACUUCGAAUAUGAUAGUGUUUUAGAUAAAAGCAAGUGUCUUGUAAUGGAAAGAGAUAAAAUAUGUGGGACAUUUUUAAAGGGGAAAAAUCCCACAAACCUUAAAGUGCACCUGAAAAGUUUGCACAAGAAGGCUAACCUAGCUUACCUUGAGAAGGUAAGGGAGAACGCCCAAGCCUCAUGCCCAGAAACAGAAGCUAACCCCAGGCAAGGCAGCGGGAUGCAUGCUGAGACAACCCCACAAAAAACAUUAAUGCAGUGCUUCCAACGGCGACCCGAUGGCUGCUGGUUGGUCAAUUCGCAGGAACAUCACAAGCGAGAGGAAGCGUUGGUGAAUAUGUUUAUUGAGACUGGGAUAUCUACACAACUGUGUGAGUCAAUUGCCUUCAAAAACUUUAGCAAUUCACUUGAACCAAAAUUCCGAACACCAGGAGCUGCAAGAGUUAAUUGUCUCAUUGGGGCCAAGAUGGAUAUAGCAAAGCAGAAACUGAAAGAACUAAUAAAAGAAGCGAGGAAGCUAACACUGUGUGUAGAUGGCUGGAGCAAAAGGGGAUUAACAGCAUCUUUCAUGGGUGUGUCAGCUUGUUUUUACCACCCACCUGGAGGCCAGGUCCACCAUGCUUUGCUUAACCUGCACCGACUGGAGCACCCACAUACUGGUGAGGCCAUCGCCCGCUGCAUUGAUCAGACAUUAGAAGAGUGGGCUGUAGGGAAAGAGAAGGUGCUGCUCGUUGUAACCGAUAACGGGGCCAACAUCGUCAAGGCCGUACGGCUUCUUCAGAAUCGCAGGCGAACUGAUGAUACCAACGGUUCUCAGGAUGAGCAAAGAGCUGCUGGAGAGGGCCAACAUGAAAUGUGGAUGGAGUCUGAGUCGGAGGAGUCAGACACGGAGUGUGAGGAACGUGGAGAUUUUGACCUUGAGCUGCAAGAAUAUGGGGAGAGCAGCAAGUUCCACAGAAUGCCGUGCCUAGCACACACUCUCCAGCUCACAAUCAAAGAUGCCAUGAAACACCCGACUGCUGAUUAAGUCAUAACUAAAGCAAGAAAACUGGUACAUGCUGUAAGAAAAUCAUCAGUGGCAAAUGAAGAAAUGAUCAAAAGGUGUGGUAAAACUCUGAUCCAGGAUUGUACCACUCGUUGGAACAGUACUUUUGACAUGUUGAGACGACUGCUAGAAACCCGAGCUGAACUAAACCAACUGCUUGAGCAGCUGAAGAUGGAUACACUUCUCACAAGUGAUUGGGCCAAGCUGGAGAACCUUGUCAAGCUCUUUGAACCCUUUGCCAUUCAUACAGACCAGCUUCAGAGUGACAGCCAGUCACUCUCACAAGUAGUGCCAUGUCUGCUCAACCUUGAGGCACAUCUGCUGACAAGUCCUUUUAGGAAUCCUUUAGCACAAGUGCUUCUGAAGUCUUUAAGGGAACGGUUUGCUGGUAUUCUUAAUCCUGAUUCCACACAGUUUGAUGCUACACCAGCAGGAGCCUGCCUGCUGGAUCCAAAUGUUUCACUGAUUCUUCAGUCACCAGAUACAGCAUCGCUGAUGAAAGCAGCAAAGUCCUUUGUGCAGAACCUGGCAGCUCAGUAUAACCCACGCACUACUUCUCAGGAUGAUGUUAACACUGCAGAGCCCACUGAAACUGUAACAGGGGUCCCUCCUAGUGUCCUUCAGAAAUACCGCUUCCUUGCAUCUCGUAUAGAGCUCAACUUGUCAUAUGUAAAUCAAGAUGGUCUGUUUACUGAGAUGGAGAAGUACAUCACUGAGGUCAAACAGGGUGUGUUUAAUGAGACACCCCUGCAUUUCUGGAAAGCAAGACAGGCUGUCUAUCCAAAACUUGCCCCUGUAGCUCUAGAUCUUGUUAGUGCCCCUGCUUCACAAGCAUUUGUGGAACGCAUCUUUUCUGUGUGUGGACUCCUGUCAUCUGGGCUGAGAAACAGAACAACCACAUCUCUGGAGCAGCGAGUUUUCCUUAAGAUCAACAAAAAAUUGUUACUUGACUGAUGUACCCUGAUGUACCUCUCCUUUUUCACCCACAUGCACACUUGCAGUUCAGUUCAGUGCUUUUUUUUUGCUUUUUUUAUAUUUUACUAAUGUAUAACUAAACACUUAAAAGUUACUCAUGAUGGCUUGGCUUUUGUGUUGUGUUACUGUAUUGCUAGUCAGUUGCAGUGUUUUAUCACAGCUGUAAUACCAGCAUUGAAUGUUUGGCUUCCUAAUGUUUAACUUAAAUUUCAUCCAAGUUACUUUAGAGUUGGCUAAGCUCUGUUUAUCUACACUACCUGCUUUUCAGAUGCUGUUGUAAAUCUGUCUACUAAAUAUUAAAGCCAUAUAUCUUUAA